AUGGCUCGCCGCGCGAAAAUCCCCACCUUGCCUGACGAUAUUGUUGAUUCCAUUCUGUUAGAGUUGCCAGUGAAAUCUCUUUUACGGUUCAAAAGAAUUUGCAAAUCAUGGUGUCGUUCCAUCGAUGAUCCCGAGUUUGUAAAGUCACAUCUACAUAAGUCAUUUGUUGAUACUAAUCGUCAAAAAAUUCUCUUUAUUAGUUUUGAAAAAUUUAAACCCUUGGGGUUUACGGCUAAAAUCCGAUCAACAGAAACAUCACUUGGUGUUGAUUCCAAAUUUACUUUGCUCGACCCACCCAUCCCAGGAUUCCUCAAUGAUACUUAUCUUGGUUUAAAAGUGUCUUUGUGCAAUGGCUUGGUCUUUUUGAAAAAUUAUACAAGCAUGAUGUUAUGGAAUCCUGCAAUUCGAAAAUACAAACUGAUCCCUAGUUAUGAUAUGCCGCCACUUUGUUGGACAUACUCGCUAUUUGGUAUUGCCUAUGAUUCUGUGGCUGAGGAUUACAUGAUAGUACAUGUAAAGGUGACCGAUGAAAUUAAUCGGGACCAUAUCAUUGAAAUAUAUUCAGUUAUUAAUCAAUCUUGGAGAAGGAUGGAGGAUAUUAGGGUUCCCGUUGGAUUCCGUUCCAUCUACCAACAUCCAGUUUCAUUAAACGGUACCAUUAACCUUAUUGCCACUUCAACUCGAGACAAAUCUGAAUGCUUUGUUAUAUCUUUCUACUUAGCGGACGAAAAAUUUAUUGUAACUCCAUUCCCGAGAAAGGACUGGAAAUUUUUUAGUUGGAGAUUGCGUACUUUUGCCAAUCGUGUCUGUAUUUCCGCGACUUUUGAGGAGAAAUUUUCGAUGUGGGCACUGGAGAAAGAUGGGAAAACUGGCUUAUUGACCUGGAAUAACAUCACGGCGAUUCUAGCUUCAGACUCAUCGAUUCACAAAUUCCCCGGGGGCCUUCUUGACUUCAUAUGUGUUAAGGAGAACGGAAAUAUAUUGUGGAGAUAUUGUAACGACGAAAAAGGUCAUUUUAUUGAGUACGAUGUGCGGAGAAAAGAAGUCACUGAAUUUAAGUUAGAAUUAGAAAUUCUACUAAAUAGACAUUUACCACUUUUGCAUGUGGAAAGUUUAGUUUCCUCGAAGUGGGAUUAA